AGUAACGGAACCGGGCAGUGGCGACCGGUUGCCAGAAAGUUGUUUUGUCAUGCCCGUCUAGAAAGUCAGAAAAAAGAUUGAGUAGAAAAAUAAAGACACUGGUUUACGUGUUAUGUUUGAGAAUAGUUAGCUGUCUUUCACUCUGAGAUUCUAUUUCUAUGUACGUCAUGACUUCCAAACACAGGCCGCCGCCGAGGGACAGAGGGAAACUUUUGGACCGUUACUGUAAGUGAAGCUAACGGGAGGUAAUCAGAGAAAAACUCACUCUCUAAGCGUGGAGAUGAAUUUCGGUGUCCCUGCAAAUUCGCUGCUGCUUUUCCGUGCCUGUGACGAGGGGGACUAUGACACCGCCCGGGGCAUCUUGGAGCCCGGAGCACCGAGAGAGUCCGGGCGGCAGAGCAGGCUGCGGUCAGAGGCUGGUUCGGAGUGUAACACCGCGGACAUGUUGUCUCUGGUACCGGUGGACUGCACGGACGAGGAGGGGAACACCGCCUUGCAGUUCGCCUCUGCAAGUGGUUAUGAAAACCUGGUCCGAUUUCUGCUUCGGAAAGGAGCUUCAGUGGACAGCCGGAACAACUACGGCUGGACCCCGCUGAUGCAGGCUGCUAGGUUUGGUCAUCUUACAGUUGCACACAUCUUGCUGGAAAAUGGGGCAGAGAUUAAUGGACGAAACAGACUUGGAGCAAGUGUCCUGACUAUGGCAGCCCGAGGGGGACACACUCACGUGGUGAAGCUGCUCCUGGAGAACCGGGCCUACGUUGACGACUACGAUCAUCUGGCUCUUGCUUCAGACGCUGUGUCUAACGGGAACAACAACAACAGCUGCAGUGGAGCUGGUUUUGGAGCUGCUGAAGGUUGUCCAGGAGGAGGAGGUAGAGAGUUUAUGGACAUCAUAGCUCUGAUGGUUGCAGCUCAGUAUGGACACGAGGCCACAGUGCGUCUGUUGCUGGAGUGGGGCUCUGAUGUCAACUUCUCCCAGAAGACCACCGGCUGGGGACCAUUGAUGGCAGCAACGCUUAGUGGAAAGGUGGGUGUAGCCCAGCAGCUGGUGGAGCGAGGAGCCGACCCUGACAGAGUAAACGUCCUGUCUAAGACAGCGUUUGAACUCGCCAUGCAGCUGAAACAGAGAGACAUCAAGGCGUACCUGGACUCCAUCACCACCGUCAGACCACAGACAGACGACGAUAGAAGAAGACCCGAUGUUUUCAGUGCCCUCAAGCUGGGAAAUUCCCAGCUGGUCAAAGAGAUCUUGGAGGAGGAUCCCACUCAGGUGAAUUCAUCCAAUCAGGAGGGAGCAUCUCCCCUCAUGAUGGCGGCAGUGAGCGGUCAGUUAGAGGUGGUGCAGCUAAUGGUAGAGAAGAAGGCCGACGUCAACAAACAAGAUGCCGUUCAUGGAUGGACAGCUUUAAUGCAGGCUACGUAUCAUGGUAAUAAAGACAUUGUGAAGUACCUGCUGAGUCAGGGAGCUGAUGUGAACCUCAGAGCCAAGAAUGGAUACACGGCCUUUGACUUGGUGAUGUUGCUGAACGACCCAGACACUGAGUUGGUGCGUCUGUUAGCAUCAGUGUGUAUGCAGGUCAGCAAAGACAAGUCCAAACACCGUGGUAGGGUAUUAAUGACUCGUUCCAAAAGCCGACAAUCACUCAACAACGUUCCGGUACCGCCUGAUGACAAGGGGGGACUGAAGUCCUGGUGGAGUCGGAUGUCAAAUCGAUUCAGGCGGCUAAAGUUGACCCACACGCUGAGACACGGCCUCUCAUCCAAUCGCCUCGCUCCGUUUCCUGACGAUGCUGAAACCUCAUUGGAUUCCACAAUGAAAGCAGAGAGGAAACCCACUGCUGAGUCCAACGGGACGCUGGCACCGAGCCCUUCUUCAGGAGGGAACGACAUGAGCACCGCCUGGGCCGUGAAGACCAAAGAUGCUGGUCUUUGCAGAGCAACCUCAGAAAAGGAGGACUUUCUUAUAACCACUAUGCUCAGAAGUGGUGCACCUUUGACCCGUCUACCCAAUGACAAGCUCAAAGCUGUGAUCCCUCCCUUUCUCCCUCCGUCCAACUUUGAACCCUGGAACUCAGACCGAUCACGCCUCCUCAGGGAGGGAAAGAAUGAAGCCCCCCGUCUGCCAAUGCCCCCACAGAGGAAACUGAACAGCAGUGGAAACUCAGACAUUACGUCCAUCAGUCGUGUGGUCAGUAGGUCAAUUAAGUUUCCCAGCAUCCCUAAGGGGCCCUCCUCCUCCUCGCCAUCAAACUCUGGUCAUUACCACUCCCCCCACUCCUCAGGAGGCUCCAAUGGAGUUGCAGGGAUCAACCGGGACUCUCACAACCGCUCAGGUGGCAGUGCAGACAGCGUUCUCUCACAGAUAGCAGCACAAAGGAAACGUGCAGCAGGUCUCGUAGAUGUGAAGACUCAACCACCAGAGAAACAGCAGAGUCAGCCACAGAACACACCCUCCCUCCCCUCCUCAGCCCCCGGCCUGCCGCUGCCUGACAUCAGCCUCCCAGACAUCCACACCCACCCCAGCCUGGUUGCCUCAGACCUCCACUCCAGAAGAAAGAUGGAGCUGAAGAAGAGACCUCAGUCAGGAAACUCCUCCACCUCAAAGAGCACGUCACCCACUCUCACCCCGUCACCUUCCCCAACACCCAAACCCCCAACUGGGCCGGGAGACUCUCUGUCGUCAGCCUCUUCACAUCCUCGCUCUAAGAGCAGCGGGGGCUCCAGCAGUGGGACCAUCACUGAUGAAGAUGAGCUGUCUGGUAUUUUGAAGAAACUUUCCCUGGAAAAAUACCAGCCCAUCUUUGAGGAGCAGGAGGUGGAUAUGGAAGCUUUUCUGACUUUAACAGACGGAGACCUGAAGGAACUUGGCAUCAAAACAGACGGACCAAGACAACAGAUCCUGGCUGCAAUAUCAGAGCUCAACGCUGGAAAGGGCCGAGAGAGGCAGAUCCUUCAGGAAACCAUCCAUAACUUCCAGUCUUCUUUUGGGAGCAGUGCCAGUAACCCACGGCAAACAGGUGAACCACGCUCACCAACAGGCUGGAUGAGGCACCAGGUGCGACCAGCCAGCAAAAGGUAACCCUGUGUCCCCGAUCCAGACCAGGAAGUCCGGCAAAGGUACCUAGAAUAAAACACAGGUGACCUCGGGUAAAGGCACUAACGUGGAGUCUUUUGGACGCCAGUGUCCCAGACCGCUGACUGAUUUAGCACAAGAGGACACUGCAGCACACCAGUCUCUUAAAACUCGACCUAGAGGACCCUCCAGGACUGCCUCGUGGUUUCCUCUUACGGAUUCUAAAGCAAGAGGGGGGGUGACCAGGUCGGCUGAGUCCAGAGCACUGCUGCUGUUUGACAAAGUGUGUGAUGUAUGGCAAAUUACAUUUUUGGCCAUAGUGGUGCAGUUGAAAACAUUGACUGUUAAUGCAGCACGAAUCAAUGAGAGAUUAGGGUGCAGAAUGAGAAUAGAUUAUAAAAUAAGCAUGAUUAAAGAAAGAUUUAAUGACAUCCAAACAAAUGUGAGGGAAAGAGCAGAUGUGUUGUUAAGAAAGGCAAGUUGAAUGGGUAUCUGGGUACUUUUAAAACUGGGCACUAUUUUUACAUGUUUUGUGGUCUGAAUGUUAAAGUCCUGUGUGUAUUAACAGCAUUUUUUUUGUCCUGGCAGCGCUCAUGCCCUUAAUUUCAGAGCAUUCCCACUAAUGCUUAUUGAUGCUAGAGUUAUGCAAUCUGGCUCACAUCACUAGUGCUUCCUUCAGCUGUGACCAUUAGGUCAGUUUUUUCGUUUUUUUUUGUUUGUUUGUUUGUUUGUUUGUUUGUUUUUUGUUUUUUGUUUAUUGUUUGCUUUAAUUUAAGGAAAUUAUCCUUAGAAAACUUAAUAAUGCCAAGGAGUCCUGUCCAGAAAUAGCAGUUAUAGACCUGGUAAUUGUAAUUUUAAAAAGACAAGUCAAUUUCUUCUCCACCGUUGUUUAAAGACGGAGUUAAGACCAGAGGUCUUGCCCCUCCUUGACUGUGAUUGGUUGGUAAGGAAAAGUGACAUUCAAGAGCACAGCUGUGUUCUAAAAGCUGAACUACUUUUGAAUGAGUGCGACAUAAACAGCUGCCAGUGACGUUUUUGAGCUUAGGACGCUGAGCAUUAAUCGCUGAACUGCAGUGGUUUAGAAAAAAGGCGGUGCCAGAAAAAAAACACAGAUCCUAAAGGUUACAAGAGGUUUAUGAGGUUUUUUUUCUUUGAUUUUGAUCUGUGUCAGCCUUUAUAUUGCCUUCCUAAAAGCAUCCAGACUUGUAGAUGUAAUUUUAACCUGAGGAACACAGGAGUUGCUGGUCUACCACUGUCUCUUUGAGAGGGGUGUCUUAUAUCAGCGGUUCCCAUCAUGGGGUCCAGGCAACCCUGGGGGCAGUGCAAAAGAUCUCAGGAGAGGCGCAGGGCCCUGUCUGCUCUGACACUGUCAAAAUUAUAUUUAUAUACAUAUAUAUAUAUAUAUAUAUAUAUAUAUAUAUAUAUAUACAGUG